UAUCCGAAGAAGAGCAGACUAUGAUUUGCACUUGUAAAACCCGUAAUUCGCAACUUGUGAAUGCGCAUCUCAGAGUUUGUAAGUGUAACUUCAGAUCCACACAUCUGCAAAAAGCAAACUGCAAGCAUAUUUCACAACUUGUGAAAGCGCAUCUUCGAAUUUGCACUUGUAACUUCAGAUCUGCAAAGCUGCACAACAGGAUUUGCAUGUGCAGGUUCCUAUUUGCUCGCUCAGUUGCGUCAUCCUUCUCACGUGAUUUUUGGCACGAUUCACUCGGAUGGAUUUGAAGGAAACGAUUUGCGCGCAGAGACCAGGAAUGCCUGUUCUACCACUUUUGUCCAGGAGGUGGCAGUGUGGUUAUUGGCCAUGCAAAGUCGUAUAUAGGGAUAAUAUCUCAAUAAACGGCUCUGUGGCCAUGAAUCUUGGUCUGCGACACGGCGCCACGAAAGCAUGGAGGGAAGAGGUGUUCAACAACGUGCACUGUUGCGUCAUGUCCUUCAAAGACUGCUUACACGCCUGGAACAUGUCCUGCAACAGCCACACCUGGACAUGGACUUCAUGCAGUUUGUAUGUUGUCAGGAGAGAGUUUUUCUCAGUGCCAUAGCAGGUCAAGUCACUAUUCCAGCAGAGGUAAUUGCAGGAAUAGAUGAACUGGACCGUACGAUCAACACUGAGAUUGAUCAAGAAAAAGUAACAGCAUUGAGUAUGGAGCAAGGUGCAAGAGGGCGCCCAAAGACACUCAUUUCUGACGAGCAAAUAAGCAGCCUGUUGGAGUUGUCGUUCCCUGUACCGACAAUUGCUGAUUUACUUGGGGUGUCCAUCAGAACAGUGCGUCGGCGGAUGGAGGAGUUCAACCUUAGUGUUAGGGCCUCCUACAGCAACCUCUCAAAUGAGCAGCUUGAUGGGAUUGUGUCUGAGAUUAAAACCAGGAUGCCACGUGCAGGAUACCGCAUGAUGAAAGGGGCAUUGGAGGCAGAAGGACACAAAGUGCAGUGGGAUCGUAUCCGAGCAUCACUGCAUAGGGUGGACACCCUUGGUGUGUAUUCCUGCAUGAUAAACCUUGGGUGUGUGGUGAGACGGAGCUACUUUGUUCCGAGCCCAAGGUUUCUCAUGCACAUUGACACCAAUCACAAACUGAUCAGGUUAGUUUUUUUUUUGUUUAAUCAUGCCUGAUGUUUAAUUAAAAGUGGUGAUAUUCACAACCACCGAACUAAAGGAGUUUACAUAACUGUGUGGAAG